AUGUCAGGAAUCUUUGGUGCUAGCGCAGCAGCUGCAAACGAACCGGAAUCAUCGAAAUCGGUUUUCCAGAAAUUCAAGGAAUCUCCUUUAUACACAAUAACUCUAAAUGGUGCGUUCUUCGUGGCGGGUGUUGCUUUCAUUCAAUCACCUUUGAUGGAGAUGAUGGCCCCACAACUUUGA